AUGGAGGGGGCCGGCGAGGAUCCCACCGUAUUCACUGCCCACUCUCUGCCCAGUGACCCCCGGCUCUUGGCCACUGUGACCAAUGCAUAUCUGGGCACACGCGUGUAUCAUGAUACACUGCAUGUGAGUGGCGUGUACAAUGGGGCUGGCAGGGACACACACCGGGCGAUUCUGCCCAGCCCCCUCAACGUCCGGCUGGAGGCCCCUGCCGGGACAAGAGAGCAGCUGACCGAGACCUUUGCCCUGGACACCAACGCAGGCUCCUUUCUGCACACACUGGAGGGCCCCAGCUUCCGCGCCUCCCAGCGAAUCUAUGCCCACCGCACACUGCCCCACGUCCUGGCCUUCAGUGUGUGCCUCACCCGCCUGGCCACAGGGGGCCAGCCCAUCACAGUGCUGCUGCGGUCAGCCUUCUCCCCAGAAAGCCCAGACCUGGACCUGCAUGUGGGACCUGACUUCCAGGGAGCCCGGUACCUGUACAGCCACACGCUCACCCCUGAGCAGCCUGGGGGGCUGCAGCACGAGAUACACAUGCUGUGGACACCAGUGCCCCCAGCCCUGACCCUGGGGGAAGGCGAGGAGGACAGGACCUGGGACUUUCUGACCGUGGUGGGCAGCAGCCAGGCUGAAGCCCAGGCGUGCCUCACCGAGGCCCUCCAGCUGCAGGCCGGGGGCACCCUGUAUAUGGCCAACGUGCAGGCCUGGGCCCAGCUCUGGGCAGGCUGUGGCCUGGAUGUGGCAGGGCCCCUGCCCCUGCGCCAGGCCCUGCGUGGCUCCCUCUACUACCUGUUCAGUGCCCUGCCCCAGCCCGGGACCCCAGGAUAUGUUUGCCAUGGCCUCAGCCCUGGGGGCCUCUCAAAUGGGAGCCGUGAGGAGUGCUACUGGGGCCACGUCUUCUGGGACCAGGAUCUCUGGAUGUUCCCGAGUGUCCUGAUGUUCCACCCGGAGGCCUCCAGGGCUAUCCUGGAGUACCGCAUCCGGACGCUGGGGGGCGCUCUGGAGAAUGCCCGGAACCUGGGCUACCAGGGAGCCAAGUUUGCCUGGGAGAGCGCAGGCUCCGGCCUGGAGGUCUGCCCCGAGGACAUUUACGGGGUCCAGGAGAUCCACAUCAACGGGGCCGUGGUGCUGGCCUUCGAGCUGUACUACCACACCACGCAGGACCUGCAGCUCUUCCGAGAGGCUGGCGGCUGGGACGUGGUCAGUGGCGUGGCGGAGUUUUGGUGCAGCCGUGUGGAGUGGGGCCCCAGGCAGGAGGAAUGCCACCUGAGGGGAGUCAUGCCCCCCGACGAGUACCAUUCAGGGGUCAACAACUCCGUGUACACCAAUGUCCUGGCCCAGAACAGCCUGCGCUUUGCUGCUGCCCUGGCCCAGGACCUGGGUCUGCCGGUCCCUGACCAGUGGCUGCUGGUGGCUGAUAAGAUCAAGGUGCCCUUUGACCCAGAGCGGAACUUCCACCCAGAGUUUGAUGGGUACGAGCCUGGAGAGGAGGUGAAGCAGGCAGACGUGGUGCUCCUGGGCUACCCGGUCCCCUUCCCCCUGAGUCCUGCCAUUCGCAGGACAAACCUGGAGAUCUACGAGGCUGUGACGUCCCCCCAGGGCCCUGCCAUGACUUGGAGCAUGUUUGCCGUGGGCUGGAUGGAGCUAAAGGACCCAGUGAAGGCACGGGGUCUCCUGGACAGGAGCUUUGCCAACGUCACGGAGCCCUUCAAGGUGUGGACGGAGAAUGCGGACGGCUCAGGCGCCGUGAACUUCCUGACAGGCAUGGGGGGCUUUCUGCAGGCAGUGCUCUUUGGGUGCACGGGGUUCAGGGUCACCAGGACAGGUGUGACCUUUGAUCCUGUGUGCCUGGCGGGGAUCCCCAGAGUGUGCGUCUCUGGCAUCUUCUACCAGGGGAACAAGCUUAACUUUUUCUUCUCUGAGGACUCUGUGACAGUCGAGGUUGUGACUCGGGCAGGGCCCUGGACACCCCCACUGGAGGUCGAGCUGUGGCCAUCAGAAGCUCGGCUCCCCCUGCCACCGGGACAGAAGGCCUCCUUUCCCCGCUCGGCUGGCCGGAUACAAAGGUCACUCCCAUAGCUGCCUGCAAGUUCCAGCUCCAAGGGCG